AUGGACGGGUCGCAAGGCCAGGCGGGCCAGCCUAUGGGCCAGCCGCCUGCGCAACAACACUCCAAUCUUAUUCGAACCGAUCAAGUGCAGAAACUACCACAUCUGAACGAAGCCCAAAAAGCCCAGCACGCUCAGCUCGUUCGUAGCUUCUGGGAACAGCUGAACACGCGUGAUCCUCAAAGCCACGAAUACCAGAAUGCCCAGAUCAAACUCUCGCAGUUGUCGCAGAACUUGAUGAAGGGUAUGCGGAUGUUCCAGCAAAACCGUCAGCAGGCACUCCAGCAACAUCAGCAGCAGCAACAACAAGCCCAGGUUCAAGCCCAGGCUCAGGCUCAGGCUCAGGCCCAGGUAGCUUCACAGCAGGGCCAGCAGGUUCAGCAGGGUCAGCAGGGUCAGCCAGUCCAGCAGGGUCAGCCAGUUCAGCAGGGCCAGCAGGGUCAGCCAGUUCAGCGAACCCAGUCAAACAACCCGCAGACUCUCAACCAGCUGUUGCCGCAGAUCCAGGCCAAGGUCAACUCACUCAACUUUUACCUCCCACCAAACGUCACACAAGAACAAGUCCAGACAUGGAUUCCCGAGGCACGAUUGCGAUAUGGAAUUGCGCUUCAGAAGCAGGAGGUUGGGCGCGCGCGGCUGGCAGAUUUGCGCCAGCAAUAUUCGCAGCGCCAGGCGCAGUCCAAUAUGUCGCAGGAGGAGGUGCAGGAGUUUAAGAAUCGGCAGCUGGCAGCUGAAAAACUGUUCCGGGAGGGUAGCGACUUCCUUAACAAGUUUAAGGAGCAGCAAGAGAGCUUUAAAAUGCAGUCGUCACAGAACCCCCAGAUGAGCCAACCGGGGCAAGGCACCACUGCAGCAGUAACUCAGGCCGCCCCUGCUCCCCCUGCCGUGACUCAAGCGGCACCUAACCCCCAGGCAGGUAAUGCUGCCGCUGCUGCCGUGACUAGCAUGCCUGGACAAGCUCCCACCCCGGCUCCCCACACCAUCAACUCUGCAGUGAGUGCGGCUCGUAAUCAAGCUGGGCAAACUGCAAUGUCUCCGUCGACCUCGCAGCCUGGACAGGCGCCUUCAUCGGCCAGUGGCACUCCCGCUUUAUCAAAUGUGCCGCCUCCAACUCAGCGGCCUCAGCCUCCAUCGCAUCAAGGGACUCCAGGACCAGGGGGUCAAGUCACUUUCAGCCAGACUCCUAACCCAGACGGGUCUACCCCCACCCCGACAAGCUCUCAGCCUGUCAAUCAAGGACCACCUCGACCUCUGUCGCAUCAGGCAGCCAUGCAGCAGGCAGCUCAGAGCUACAACACGAACCAAAAUCAACAGCAGCAACAGCAGCAGCAACAGCAACAGCCAAAUAUGAACCAGGCCGCUUCAAAUCAGCAAACACAUCCACCAGGUUACCUUGCUAACCGAUCAACUGAGGCUUCUGCUCGUACCAUUAACAUGCACAUCCCCAAAAACCUUAACCCCUCCACACCUGAACCAGUCUCGAUGCCUCCCUCUCGCCCCACUCUUACUGGUGGCCCUAACCAUAGUAAUAUGGGCGGUAUGAUGAGCCAACCUGCGAUUCAAAAGCACCCCGGUUACGUCCUUGAAGGUGAAGGUCAGCAUGUGCUGAGCAAGAAAAUGCUCGAUAUCCUUGUCCGCCAGGUUACUGGUGGUGGCGAAGGAGAGAUUCUCACUCCUGAUGCUGAAGAGUUCGUACUCUCGAUGGCAGAUGACUUUGUCGAUGAUGUGAUCACCCAGGCUUGCCGCCUCGCCAAGUUGCGCCCGUCUUCCACCCUCGAGAUCCGCGACAUUCAGCUAGUCCUGGAGCGCAACUACAACAUGCGCAUCUCGGGUUUCUCGACCGAUGACCUCCGCACCGUCAAGAAGCCACAGCCUACUCAGGGCUGGCUGCAGAAGAUGACGGCCAUUCAGGCUGCCAAGGUCACUCAAGGCAGAUCUGAGUAA